GCUGACAUUCGAGAAGAACUCAACGAGUGUGCUGGAGGUGGUCAUAGAGAUGCAAGAGCAAGGCUGAAACUGAGUCUGUGAGAACCCGACAGGAAGUCCGUGAAACUCAACUCAAUUAGUCGAGAAGUAAAGGCUAGCAGUUCCUCUACAAUCGUUUGAAGGAAGCCGCCGUGAAAUCAUGUCGGUGCUGGCGCUACAAGAGUACGAAUUCGAGAGGCAGUUCAAUGAAGAAGAAGCCAUUCGAUGGAUGCAAGAGAACUGGAAGAAGUCAUUCCUCUUCUCUGCACUCUACGCUGCCUGCAUACUGGGUGGGAGGCAUGUAAUGAAACAAAGGGAGAAGUUUGAGUUGAGGAGACCUUUGGUACUCUGGUCUUUAACACUUGCAGUCUUCAGUAUAUUUGGUGCCGUCAGAACUGGAGGCUACAUGAUGUACAUCUUGAUGACCAAAGGCCUAAAGCAGUCAGUGUGCGAUCAGAGUUUCUACAACGGACCAGUCAGCAAGUUCUGGGCCUACGCUUUUGUUCUCAGCAAAGCACCCGAACUAGGAGACACACUGUUCAUUGUGUUGCGCAAGCAGAAGCUGAUCUUCCUGCACUGGUAUCAUCAUAUCACAGUGUUGCUCUAUUCCUGGUACUCCUACAAGGACAUGGUGGCCGGCGGGGGCUGGUUCAUGACCAUGAACUAUCUGGUGCAUGCCGUCAUGUAUUCAUACUACGCUCUUAGGGCUGCUGGUUUCAAAAUCUCUCGCAAGUUUGCCAUGUUCAUCACUCUGACGCAGAUCACUCAGAUGGUGAUGGGUUGCGUGGUCAACUACCUGGUGUAUUCAUGGAUGCAGCAAGGCCAGGAGUGCCCAUCACAUGUGCAGAACAUUGUGUGGUCAUCCCUCAUGUACCUCAGCUACUUUGUGCUCUUCUGUCAGUUCUUCUUCGAAGCCUACUUUACCAAAACCAAAUCCAUUGUUGCCAAGAAAAGCCAAUAAAUCAAGCAAAAGAAAAAAAUGGGGGGAAAAACUUUCAAGUGGACCAAUGAAUGGAUAGUGGAUGGAUGAAAUGGUAAAUGAAGGAGCUAAUAGGGCUUAUGGACUUGCGGAUGAAAGGAACGAAGACCAUGAGGGGCUACUAUCAAAGCUUGUGUACUACUAACGUAUAGAGGUAACCUCCCCAACACUAGGGGAGCUCUAUUGAGCUGCACUGAGAAAUCAUUACGAUUAUGAUAUCAGUUGAAUAUAAAAUGAAGAAAUAUGUCUUUAUGUGAUGUUUAUGUACCCAGUACAAUUCUCUGUAUUAAAACAAUGUACAUUUAAAAAUGGGAGUAAAAUAAAUGGAAAUUGAUGUUAGGAGAAAAGGACAAAAUGGACUGAAGAACAUUUUGAAGAAGAAGAAAAAAAUAGAAUUAAUUUUAAAUUCAGAGGAAAUUAUAUGGAUAGAGUUAAUAUUUGUGUGGUUAUGUCUAAAAAAAUGUCUAAACAUUAAUUUUAUUGUUCCAUUUUUUUUUUAUUGAUUAGAUACUAGUUUGUGUACGGUUGUUUUAUACGAAAGCCAUAUCAAUGGAUGAUUGGUAAAUGUUGAUCUAAAAAUGCCACAGUGUUCUCUAUGUUUGGCAUCGCUGCACCAAAAUCUUCUCAGGUCUUAGAGUUUUCCAUUUGAUGUGCAUAUCAUUUUGACAAAAAGAUCAAAAUGAUAUGAAACGAAAACAAAGGCAAAAUAGUCAUGGUAGUUAAAAAGGCCUGAAUUGUUAAUGCCAUUGAAACACUCAAACACAUGCAACCACAAAAAAAUUUAAAAUCCAAGAAAGAAAAUAGGCCAUUGAGACGACAUUCGGGCCAAAGGAUCAUCAGGACACCCAGAGCCCAUGAGGAGUAUGAAUCAUUGAACCUCUCUAACCUCUGAAAUUCCUUCUUCCCAUGGCUCAAAGUAAUUAUCAUCAUCAUUAUUUAUUCCAAAGACCAACGCAGUAGAGUCUAGCCAAACUAGCCCCAUCAAAAAGACCAUGAAUUCAAGCAUAUUUAAACAAAAUGUAAAACGUGACAUCUGUAUUCACUGUAACAAAUCUGAAAAGUGUCCAUUGUGCUCUUGUGCAUUUGCACUGUGUACAUGUAAAACAUCUAUAGACAAUUUUAACAAAGAGCCAAGAGUGCUAAAGUAAUAAUGUGUCUGCAUUUUUAUUUAUUGUUAAAUAUACUGAUAUUUCUCACAAUCAGCACAUUUACAUGUGCAGUUAUAAUCUACAGCAUAGUCGAGCUACAGUCCUCAUCUGUCAGUCCAAGCUCACAUAAUGCGUAAUUGAGUAUUUGAAGGACGGAUGGCUGCAGGGAAAGUGUUACAUACACAUUGUGCAUCACCUAUAUCUUUCUAAGCAUGCGCACAAUGGCAAAGCCAAUUGUGGGCUGAUUAGCUUGUACACAUGCUAAUCCAAAGUCAACAGCAAGCUAUAAUUGCACUACAUUGGUCUGUAAGUCCGACUUCACAACGAUUUGACUGGUACAAUUUUAGUCUGACUAAAGCAUUUUAAAAGAUGACAUUUUAAAAAGAAUUAUUGUUCUAGUACGACUGAAAUGUGACUUUUAAUGUGCAUGUAAACGUACUGAGUAUGAGGUUGUUUUCAGUCAUUUAUUCUUAUUUACCCUGACAGGAGCUUGUGAUACUCUUUCUGACACAUAUUUUGCUCAUGACUAUUCUGAACGAGGUUACCAUUCUUGCUAUGAACAGGCUGAGCAGCAUGCCAGAUGGAAGCACUUCUGCCUCAGCAACAAUGACAUAAGACAUA